UACUCCCUACAAAACCUACGUGACAAAAAGCCGCCUCUCUCCCUCUCCCUCUGGCGCCUCCGCCCCCUCUCAAUCGGCGGAAUUAGCCUUCCCACGCCACCACGCCCUCCAGCCUACCUGGCCGCCGCUACUGGCGCCUUGCCCCGUCGAUCCUCCUUCCUCACUGCUCCGCCGUGUUGCCUCGCCGCUCCACCAAGCUUCCUCGCCGGAUUUUCUUACCGUCUGCCUGAUUUAUCAGCCUCCAGUAAGCUCUUCGUCCUCAAUUUCUAAGCUGAUCUCUCCGUCGGGCCGACCUCCACUCGCUGAAUUUUAAUAAAACCCUAACGCAUUCCACAUCUUUCCCCAAAAUCAUCCAACUUCCGUGUGUUGAAAUAGGUGGAAAUGUCGAACAAGGGCAAGAAGAGGGAGGAGGAAGGCGCGCUCUCCGAAGGCGACGAGCCUCCAAAGAAGAUUUCGAAGCCCGACAAUGAUUCAGAUGACCCUGAUCAAAUUGUAGUAUGUGAGUUGUCGAAGAAUCGGAAAGUGUCGGUGAGGAACUGGCAGGGAAAGGUUGUGGUUGACAUUAGGGAAUUCUAUUCCAAAGACGGCAAGGAAUUUCCUGGCAAGAAAGGUAUCUCAUUGUCCAUGGACCAGUGGAAAAUUCUUAGAGAUCACGUCGAUGAAAUUAACCAGGAGAUUGAGAAUACAUAAUGGUGUCUAUGGAUCUAUGUGUUUUGUUCCUUGAAAGGAACUGGCAAGGAACCUCCAACUUACUAAUGACAUUUGCUUUGUAUGGUAACUAUCUGUAGAAUGUUUUCUUGACAAGGAGCCCCAUGUGCAGUAUAAUUCUCGAAUACAAUGUGCUGACUGUUUCAUCA